GUCCGGCCCGCCGCCGGGAACGGGGCGGAGGGGCGCGGCUCUCCCCGGCCCGGCAUGGCGCCUGCCCGCGACGCCCCGUCGGCCCAGGCCCCGCCUCGCGCCGAGCCCGGCAGGAGGGCUCCGGGGUCUCCCCCGCCUGCGGCUCUGCCUUCGGGCCCCGCCCGGUCGGGCCGAGGACGGACGCAGCGCGGCCCGGAACUGACCUGCCGCGGGGCCGACCCGGCGCGGGGUUGGGGCGGCACCGGGCCACGUGCCCGGGGCGGCGGGCGGCUGUGCGCGGGGGCGGCCUGCGGCCCCUCAGGAGCAGCCGGGCCCGGAGGGCGGCGGGGCCCCGCAGGUGAAAAGUUUUGUGUUCAUCAGCUGUGGCUUCUCAACCAGGCUCAGCUCAUGACCGCUGUGGGCAAGUGUCGGCUUUUGGCGUCACUUCUCGGACUGGAACGAAGAGGUGACAUGGCUAGUAUGUCUCCAGAUCGUCACCCUGUGGUGUUCCAGCUCUGUAUCUCAGCUGUAUUCUGGGCAGGAAGAAUGGCAGGAGCAAAAAUGCAGCCGGAUAACUAUUUGUAAAAGAAGUUCCCUGCAACAACUACCAACAGCAGCACUUCUAUUAAGGUA